AAUAACUUUUUAAUAUUUUGUUUUAUGAAAAACAAAUAAAUGAACUAUUAGUUUAUAUCAGAAAUUUAUAAUAAUUUUUUAAUUAUUGUAAAAUUUUGUAGGAGUUUGAUGUUCAGGAAGAGAAUAAAAUGAGGAAUCCAUUAGAAGGUUUAUUAUUCAAAUAUACAAACGUAGUGAAAGGAUGGCAAUUUAGAUGGUUCGUAUUGAAUCCAGAAACAGGAUAUUUAGAAUAUUACAUGCCAGAAGAAAAAACUAAAAGGCCAAGAGGAACAGUUCAUUUAGCUGGAGCAGUUAUUUCACCAAGCGAUGAAGAUAGUGAAUUAUUUAUUUUGAGUGCUGCUUGUGGUGAAGUGUACAAAUUACGAGCUUCUGAUGCCAAAGAACGACAAUUCUGGGUAAAUCGAUUAAGAGCUGUUGCUGAAUAUCAUACACAAAAUAUUGCUGAGCGAAAUCCACCACUUGCCAAUAGAGAUAGAGUAAUUAGUGAUGUAUCUGGAAAUAAUAAAGUGGAUAAUAAACCUCCUCAUAAUGUUUACCAAACAUCACCUAAUAUCAUUACAAGUCCAAUUAGUCCUGUUGUCAACAGCAUAGCAUCUGUAACUGAUGCUUUGAGUUCUGUUAAAGACAUUUUGCAAAAAGCAGAAAAACAUUAUAAAGCUUUAAGUAAAGUUAUGGAUGAUCUUCCAACAUCCAAGUCUUUAGACACAGAUGUACUCUUAUUAAAAGCUACUGCCCAUGCAACUGUUUUAUGUUUGGAACAAUGUUAUACAAUAUUACAACAUCAACAGCUUGCAGCUAAUUUUCCAAGUGGAUUGCCAGUUGGAGCUACAGUAGAGUGGGUUGAGCCAAAUAGAACCCCACCUUUAACCAGGAGGACUGUGGAAGCUUAUACAAAAUCGCCACUUGUUAGUGUUUCUUCAGUUAGCUGACUUUUUCCAUUUUGAACUGUGAUAUUUAUGAAAAGACUAACAAAAAUAGAAGCCAGUCCCAUUGAUAUUUUGAUUUUUGUUUUUUACUAAUUAGUUGUUUUGAAUGUCUGUUAACAUUCCAUUCUCUGUGAUAAUUAAGUAUGCAAAUCAAAAAAUCAUUACUAGAAUAUUU